ACAGAACCAGAGCUGGGUUCUGAGAGCUGUCUCAGUUGGGUAGACUGUCCGUGCUUUAAGAUUUCUGCUGGCUGCAGGCUGCGUGGGAAGCACCCGGGGAGACCCUCCAGACACGCAAUGGCAGUGACCUUUGAGGAUGUGGCUGUGAACUUCACUAUGGAAGAGUGGGCUUUGUUGGAUCUAUCCCAGAAGAAGCUCUACAGAGAUGUGAUGUGGGAAAACUUUAGGAAUGUGACUGCCAUAGGGAGAAACAUGGAUGACCAGCAAAUUGAAGAUGAGUAUAAACAUUACAGGGAAAAUCUAAGAGAUGCAAAGGUAGAUAAAUACUGUCAAUAUAAAUUGUGGAAUCAGCAUGGAGAAAAGGUUUUUAUGACUCCUGAUACAAAUGUGCAAAUCAAACUGCUUGGUAUAAAACCAGGUGAAAGCCUUACAUGGGCAAAGCCUCUGACUGGUCAUUCCUCAUCAACCAUGCCCAUCAUGCAUAACACUGGACUCAAAUCGCACGAGCUCCAUGGAUUUGAACAGAAGUCCACUAACUUUCAGUCCUUUCAGAAACAUGCAGAGACAAAUCCUGAAGAAAAACCCCAUGGAUAUAAACAAUGUGGAAAACCCUACUCUGAUUGCACUGAAGGAAGUACCACUGAAGAGAAAUCCUUUGUAUAUGAUCAAGAUAUGAGAACUUUCAGUACACCCAACCAUGUUCAAAUCCAGGAAAGAAAUUACAGUAUGGUAAAUACCUGUAUAUCUAUACAAUGUGAAAAAGGGUUGAAUUCUCACCAUGAUAUUCAGAAAUGUGAAAGAGCUCACACUGGGACAAAAUCCUAUGUAUAUAAACACUGUUGCAAAUCCUUAAAAAAUACCACUUCAUUUGAUAAUGACAACAGAACUCACAUUGGAGGAAAAACCUACCUAUGUAAGCAAUGUGGGAAAGCUUUCAGCACACACAGCAAUUGUCAAAUACAUGAAAGGACCCAUGCUGGGGAGAAACCGUAUAUAUGUAAGCAAUGUGGGAAAGCCUUCAGCAAACAGAGUCAUUGUCAAAGACAUGAACAAACUCACACUGGGGAGAAACCCUAUGUCUGUAAGCACUGUGGGAAAACUUUCACCAGACACAGUUAUUGUCACAUACAUGAAAGGACUCACACUGGUGACAAAUCCUAUGUGUGUAAGCAAUGUGGGAAAGCUUUCAGCAUACAGAGUCAUUGUCGAAGACAUGAACAAACUCAUACUGGGGAGAAACCCUAUGUAUGUAAGCACUGUGGGAAAGCUUUCACCACACACAGUUACUGUCAAAUACAUGAAAGGACUCACACUGAAGACAAAUCUUACAUAUGUAAACAAUGUGGGAAAGCUUUCAGCACACACAGUAAUUGUCAAAGACAUGAACAAACACACACUGGGGAGAAACCCUAUGUAUGUAAUCACUGUGGGAAAGCUUUCAGGACACAGACUAAUUGUAAAAAACACGAAAGAACUCAUACUGGGGAGAAACCCUAUGUCUGUAAGCAAUGUGGGAAAGCUUUCAGCACAAAGAGUCAUUGUCGAAACCAUGAAAAAACUCAUACGGGGGAGAAACCCUAUGUAUGUAAGCACUGUGGGAAAGCUUUCACCACACACAGUUAUUGUCAAAUACACGAAAGGACUCACACUGGGGAGAAACCCUAUAUAUGUAAGCAAUGUGGGAAAGCUUUUACCACACACAGUUAUUGUCAAAUACAUGAAAUGACUCACACUGGGGAGAAGCCCUAUGUAUGUAAACAUUGUGGGAAAGCUUUCAGGACACAUAGUUCUUGUCAAGUUCAUGAAAGGGCCCACACUGGAGAGAAGCCCUAUGCAUGUAAGCAAUGUGGGAAAGCUUUCAGGACACGAAGUUCUUGUCAAAUACAUGAACAAACUCACACUGGGGAGAAAUCCUAUAUAUGUAAGCAAUGUGGGAAAGCUUUCAGCACACACAGUUCUUGUCAAAGACAUGAACAAACUCACACUGGGGAGAAAUCCUAUAUAUGCAAGCAAUGUGGGAAAGCUUUUACAACAUAUGGUUAUUGUCAAAGGCAUGAAAGGACUCACACUGGGGAGAAACCCUACAUAUGUAAGCAAUGUGGGAAAGCUUUCAGGACACAGACUCAUUGUAAAAAACAUGAAAGGACUCAUACUAGGGAGAAACCCUAUGUAUGUAAGCAAUGUGGGAAAGCUUUCAGCACAAACAUCUAUUGUCAAAGACAUGAACGAACUCACCCUGGGGAGAAACCCUAUGUAUGUAAGCAAUGUGGGAAAGCUUUCAGGACACAUUUUAAUUGUAAGGUACAUGAAAGGACCCACACUGGGGAGAAACCCUAUGCAUGCAAGCAAUGUGGGAAAGCUUUCUGCACGCAGAGUCAUUGUAAAAUACAUGAAAGGAUUCACACUGGAGAGAAACCCUAUGUAUGUAAGCAGUGUGGAAAAGCCUUUAUGACACAGAGUCAUUGUAAAAAACAUGAAAAGACUCACACUAGGGAGAAACCCUAUAUAUGUAAGCAAUGUGGGAAAGCUUUCAGCUGGCACAGUGAAUGUAAAAUACAUGAAAGAACUCACACUGGGGAGAAAGUCUAUGUAUGUAACCAAUGUGGGAAAGCUUUUAGCUGGUACAGUAUAUAUAAAAUUCAUGAAAGGACUCACACUGGGGAGAAACCUUAUGCAUGUAAUCAGUGUGGGAAGGCUUACAGUAGGCACAGUGACUGUAAAAUACAUGAAAGGACUCACACUGGGGAGAAACCCUAUGUAUGUAAGCAAUGUGGGAAAGGUUUCAGGACACAGAGUCAUUGUAAAACGCAUGAAAAGAUUCACACUGGGGAGAAACCUUAUGCAUGUAAUCAGUGUGGGAAGGCUUACAGUAGGCACAGUGACUGUAAAAUACAUGAAAGGACUCACACUGGGGAGAAACCCUAUGUAUGUAAGCAAUGUGGGAAAGGUUUCAGGACACAGAGUCAUUGUAAAACGCAUGAAAAGAUUCACACUGGGGAGAAACCUUAUGCAUGUAACCAAUGUGGGAAAGCUUUCAGCAGGCACAGUUCUUGUCAAAUACAUGAACAAACACACACUGGGGAGAAGCCCUAUAUAUGUAAGCAAUGUGGGAAAGCUUUCAGCAUACAAAGAUAUUGUCAAAGACAUGAACGGUCUCACACUGGAGAGAAACCCUAUGUAUGUAAGCAAUGUGGGAAAGCUUUCAGGACACACAGUGAUUGUCAAAGACAUGAACAAACUCACACUGGGGAGAAACCCUAUGUAUGUAAACAAUGUGGGAAAGCUUUCAGGACACAAAGUAAUUGUAAAAUACAUGAAAGAACUCAUACUGGGGAGAAACCCUAUGUAUGUAAGCAAUGUGGGAAAGCUUUUACCAGACAUAGUCGUUGCCAGAAACAUGAAAGCACACACACUGGGGAGAAACCCUGUGCAUGAAAGCAAUGUGGGAAAACUUUCAGCACAUGAAAGGAUUGUCAGAGACAUGAAAGGAAUUACACACAAGUGUAAAA